GCCCCUUUUCGAUWAUAGUUGUUUGUUGAAAAUGGUAGCUAACAAACUCGCUCCACCAGAUACUAGCUAGCUAAUUCUUCAAGUUAUUAACAUACAGUAUUUCUUUUGGAGGGAUUUUUUCUGGAUGGGGUUUCAGCGGUUCUAGCUGCCACAAUCGACAGAUCCAUGUCUUUUCUGGCCCAUGAAGACAGCCACGAGAGCCUGACCUCAGUCCCACGGCGGGACACCAUGGGAAGCUUCCUCCCUGACAGCAGCGCCUAUGAGCUCCUGACCAUCCUAGGUCGAGGCCUGGAGGACUUGAUGACCGUCAACCUUGCCAGAUACAGACCCACAGGGGAACAUGUAGCAAUCCGUCGGAUUGACCUGGAGUCCUGCACCAAUGAAAUGGUCAACUACCUGCAGGCUGAGCUCCAUGUAUCUAAGCUGUUCCACCACUCCAGCAUCCUGCCCUACAGGAGCAUCUUCAUAGCAGAGAAUGAGCUGUGGGUCAUCUCUCCCUUCAUGGCCUAUGGGUCGGCCAGAGACCUGAUCAGCAGCCACUUCACUGAUGGGAUGAAUGAGCUGGCCAUCGCCUACAUCCUACUGGGCAUGCUCAAAGCCCUGGACUACAUCCACCACAUGGGCUAUGUACACCGGAGCGUGAAGGCCAGCCACGUGUUGAUCUCGGUAGACGGUCAGGUGUGUAUGUCUGGUCUGAGGAGCAUCAUCAGUCUGAUCCGUCACGGCCAGCGRGCCAGAGUGGUCCAUGACUUCCCCCAGUACAGCAUCAAGGUGCUGCCCUGGCUCAGCCCAGAGGUGCUGCAGCAGAAUCUGCAGGGAUACGACUUCCGGUCAGACAUCUACAGUCUUGGCAUCACAGCCUGUGAGCUAGCCAAUGGACAUGUGCCCUUCAAAGACAUGCCAGCCACACAGAUGUUGCUGGAGAAGCUGAACGGGACAGUCCCCUGUCUGUUGGACACCACCACCAUCCCCCCAGAGGAGCUGACCAUGAAGCCCUCCCGCUCUGGGGCUGACUCUGGGAUCUGUGAGGGCCCCAGCACCGGWGGGGCCCACCACUCUAACGGAGAGCCCUCCUCCUCGGGGAGCCACCCCUACAGUCGUACCUUCUCUCCCCACUUCCAUGCUUUUGUGGAGCURUGUCUACAGAGGGAYCCAGAGAAGAGACCCUCAGCCAGUGCUCUCAUUGGUCAUUCCUUCUUCAAACAGAUCAAGCGUCGGCCAUCGGAGGCUCUGCCUGAGCUGUUCCGGCCCGUAACGCCCAUCACGGGCUUUGAGAGUACCCAGCCUCAGGAUGCUGCCUCUGGACUGGCCAGCCUGGAGUCUGGCCUCAGCCACAUGGAUGUGGAUGACUGGGACUUCUGACCACAGAGGAACAGGAAGGAGGUGUAGUAACCAAGAGGUUAACAGGAGACGCUCUGAGAAGACUCCGGACUGGAUUUACGCUUUGUUCUUAUUAAAUGGCCCAUGUAAAUAAUUCAAACUAAGCYRUUUCUCCUCCCUUUGACUGGGUUUAAAAGCCAGCUGCCAUCUCACCUCCUUGCUAUCGCUCUAGUCUAAAAGAUGCAUGAGCAGACAGACCCUUGCACUGACUGACACCCAAUUCCUCUCACGCUCACAUCUCUCCAGAUUCUACUAAAGCUCUGGACCCAUCGAAGAACCGUAUGGGGGAGUAUGUCCAUUCAGCUCUUUCACUUGCCAAUGGAGAUGUUCCAUUAAAGGUAAAGCAGGGAGACUA